GUCACAGUGCUGUAUUUUGCCAGAAGUGCUGAAUUAGCAGGGUUGCGUACAGAGGUCAUUUCGGUACCCCAACAAAUAACCUCGCUGCAGCUGUGGAAGGAAAUUGUCAAGAGACAUUCAAGUCUUGCUGAUAUAGAAGAUCAAGUUAUCUUUGCCAUUUGUCAGGAGUACGUACCCCUUGGGGAUCAGCAGUUCAUCCUCCACACAGGGGACGAAGUUGCCAUCAUCCCACCUCUUAGUGGAGGUUAGGUCUAGAAA